AUGAGAUUUUUUAAGAUUAUUUGCAUUAUUGCUGUAUUAGCUUUAAUAGCUUUGCCUUAUGCUUAAGCUGAAAAUUUUAGAUCUGAAUAAGAUAAAUAGGAUCGUAAAAAAGAUUGUAUCGCUUCUUAAACACGUAUCGAGGUACACGAUUGUAAAUAUUGCUGCUCAGCUGAAUGUAUUAUUCCUUAGCAUCAUUUAGGAGAACCUUACUGUGCUUGA